AUGGAUGUCGACGGCGCCGAAAAUGUUGGCGUCAUCGGUCUCGAAGGCUUCAUCAUCAACAAUGUCCAAGAGGAGGAAGCAAAUGGACGCAGCCCUAUCAGCGAUUGUUUGCCAGUUGUCAGACCAAAGAUCAAUUGGAGACGGAGACCGAUGCGCCACGCACGGUUACGGGCACAAAUCUACAAUUUUGGCACAAAUGGCAUGACACAGUACCGCGACGGGGAGGUAAAAAAGCGCUUCGAUUCGAUAUGCGAGAACUUGGGCAUUGUCGACAAAGAGGACUUAUACACGUUGUUUCUGAAGCGGUUGGAUACUAGAAAAAAGCUCGAAAGCAGCCACAAGAACCUGGAAAUCCUCGUGGAGGCGCUGCACUACAUCCAGAGCAUGUCCUGUAAAAAGACUGUUAGCGCAAGAGAUGCCAUAAACAAACUGCGGAAGCGCUCCGGAACGUUGAAUUUGAGGCGGUUUGUAAAAUAUGUUUCUAAAUUAUGUGCUGAAGCGAAGAUAGAAUGGUUGCCCGUGGUGCCUAAUGCCAACAUCGUCCGCCAGAUGUUGGAUGACCUAAUACUAGCGCUGAGACAAUCGGACAAAAGCGAGGAUAUUUUGUCAAAUGUGAAGGAAAUAAAUAUAUCACCAGAGGUGGCACGAUUGUUUCAGGACCCUUGUUUGAGCGGUCUGGAUGAAUGUCUCGAUAUUCCAUGUAACAAGGGCGAGGAGGAUGCGAUGUCACACGGCUCCGAUUCGCCCCACCAACGUCCUACACACGACGAAGAUGUUGUGAAAUUUCCCAAAGCACGCCGGAGUCGCAUGGCUGCUCUGAUUGAAGAAAAGUAUGACCUUGUAAGCGAUACCACCCUACGGUUGGUGGAGUGGACCGAAAAAUGCGGUCUGAAACCGAAUUUUAAUGUACUCAAUGCGCGAUCCCGAACGAAGCUUCAUUGCAGGAAAACAUUCUUGGCGUCAGCGCUACACGUGGCAUUGCUGAUGGAGAGGAUUCAAGUGCACCAGAAAUUUUUGCUGAAUACCUGGAAUGUGGUACGCACAUCCUUCUACAAAAACUGCAGCAGCAUUUUUAUGCUCGUUGUGCAACGGAUACGAAACAAAUACGGAGUCUUGGUAAAUUCGAAGUUUUUAACGCUCACGUUUCUAAAACACAUGCUGCGAAACAUGGACUCUCCUGAUACCAAAACUCGAGUUGAACCAAUGCAGUACGACUUUCGCGAAAACUACGCCACUACAGAGAAGGUUUCCCAUGAUGAUUUACCAACUGUAUUCGGUGAUGAUGGCAAGAACGACAAGAUGUCUUCGAAUUGCUCGCCCGAAAUACGGUUCCUCAACAACGUAAUGGGAGCCGCAAAUCCCGUGGACGACACCCUGUGGAAGUUUGACCCUUUGUCAGACCAGCGUGGUAAGACCACUUCGACGCCUAAAAACGGUGCGAUGCACAAUACGUACGAGGACGCUGCGUGCUACCUCACCAACAUGUUGGGUGAAAGCGAUGCUGGCAACGGAUUCCCUGCGAAAGUACCAUCCGAAAUAGGCGAGGUAUUUGAUGAAAAACCGUGGAUUGAGGUACCCACGUACGACGACAAGCGUGGCGAUGCGCAACGUCUCAGUUGCGGGCAAAUACGCUCGCUGACCCUCAAACUCGGAUAUGCCCUGGGCUUCGUGAACAAGGACGAACAUCGCCAGCCCUCUAUGGACCCGGGUUUGGACGCGAAGCUGUUCGAAAUACUGACGUACUACUUGGAUGCAUUUAGCAUGGAUCGCAUCGGACCCUUACGCAAACAGCCGGUGAACUCAUACACGUCAAAGCAGCGAUCCGUUGUCACAUGGAAGCAAGGCAAACGCAAGAAGUACAAGUCUUUCGCCCACGUCUGCUACGGGCCCGAUCUUGCACACACAAUGGCAACCACCUUCAAGCGGGGCAUGGCCGUGGCGCUGAUUGUGGAGGAGGAACGGAAAUCAGGCAAAUGUAGCUAA